AUGAGGACUGGCUACGAGGAUGGCAUAUGGGGACGAGAUAAGAGAUGGAAUCGCCGUAAUGUGAGGUUAACCUUUAAGGAGCUUCCUCGAAGAGAUGAAAAGAAGAAAAAGAAAAAAGUGGCUGUUGUUGAACAUGUGGAAAGACAUCUUUUACAGAGCAGGUGGGCACUCUGGUUCUUCAAAAAUGUGAAAAGCCAACCGUGGCAGUGUAACUUGCGCCUGGUAACGACAUUUAACACCGUGGAAGACUUUUGGGCGUUGCAUACUCAUAUCCAGCUUGCAAGCAAGUUGUCGUCUGGCUGUGACUACUCCAUCUUUAAGGAUGGGAUUGAGCCCAUGUGGGAAGAUAGUCGGAACAAAAGGGGUGGAAGGUGGCUUAUCACUCUUUCCAAGCAGCAACGACACAGUGACCUAGACUCCCUUUGGCUUGAGACCUUACUAUGUCUGAUUGGAGAAGCCUUUGAUGAACACAGUGAAGAAGUCUGUGGCGCAGUUAUUAACAUUCGGGCAAAAGGAGAUAAGAUCGCCAUCUGGACCAGAGAGGCUGAAAACCGAGAGGCUGUUACUUAUAUAGGUAAAGUGUAUAAAGAGAGACUGGGCCUGUCUUCCAAAGUGGUCAUUGGUUAUCAAGCACAUGCAGACACUGCUACCAAGAGCAGCUCCCUUACCAAGAAUAAGUUUGUGGUAUAAGGACUCGACAGAUAAUGCUUAUCUAUUAGCACUUUUUUUGUUCCUUUUUGUUUAGCGGUGGCUAUGUCAAGAGGGAAAUAAGAAAUAUAAUUUAAAUGCAGAUCAAUAAAAUAAA